ACAAUUAGUAUAAAUUUUCAAAAACUUUACUUGCUAACAAUAUUUUAUAAAAUUUUAAUACUUGAAAAUCUGAGAAAUGUUUAAUUUUUAUUUAAUUGUAGCCAUCACACUUUGUGGCUAUAGUUUAGCCCAGACUAACCUCACCAUAACAAAUGGCACUCAAUCUCAAUGCCCAAAUGUAACGGGUAUGCCUACUGUGAAUUUCAGCUCGUUAACUGGACUAUGGUACGAACUAGCUGUUACCCCGAACAAUUCAAUCACCAAUGCCAGGUGCCCUACCAACCAAACUUCUGGCGUGGUCAGUUAUUCAUCCUGGACACUGACUAUCAAACGUACUUGCUAACGUAUUCGUGCUUGAUGUUGAAUGAACACACUAUUGUCCAUAGCGAAACGUUGCACCAAAUCGGAGACCGACUACCAGUGCCGGUGCUGUCGGUACCGACGAUGACUGAACAGCACCGGUAG